AUGCGUACAAGCCUCGCUGUCGUGACCAGCCUCCUGGGCCUGGCCUCCGCUCUUCCCGCCGACGGCGACAUAAUCGACAAGCGUCAGUCCGUCCCCACCAUCUACCUAUGCGGCGACAGCACCAUGGCGAAGGGCGGCGGCGGCAGCGGCACCGAGGGCUGGGGGCCGUACCUGCAGUACUCUUUCGAUUCCAGCAGAGCCAAGGUUGACAACCGCGCCAUCGGGGGGCGCAGCGCGCGCUCUUACACCCGCGAGGGUCGUUUCGACGACGUCGCCGGUCUCGUCAAGGCCGGCGACUGGGUUGUUAUGGAGUUUGGACACAAUGACGGCGGUUCUCUUACGCCCACCGACAACGGCCGCACUGACUGCUUCGGAGAUGGUGCCCAGACCUGUCAAACUACUUACAACGGUGUCGCCGAGACCGUCUUGACCUAUCCGGCCUACCUCAAGAAUGCCGCACAGAAGUUUAAUGCAGCGGGGGCCAAGGUGAUCAUUUCGUCUGCGACCCCCAACAACGUCUGGGAAAGCGGCACCUACGGAUGGGGAUACGACCGCUUCUUCCACUAUGCCUGGCUCGCCGUCGAACAGCUCGGCGGCCCGUCCAAGGGCUACUACUUCGUCCCGCACGGCGAGUACGCUGCACAGGCGAUGAAGAACCUCGGCGCCUCGAUCGUCAACGCCAACUACCCCAAUGGCCACACCCACACGGCGCCCUUCCUCGCCGACGCCAUGCACAAGGCCUUCGUCCUCGGCCUCCGCUGCGGCACCAGCGCGCUCGCCUCGCUGGCAAAGAACACGACGGCGUCACUGACGUCGACUUACCUCGGCCCCUGCGUCGACAACUACAACUCGACCGUGCACGCUCUGCUGCGGUGA